AUGUCUUCCGUCGCGUCUCGUGUAGUAGGCCGCACAGCCUCGAGCGGCGUGCAUCUCUUCAACUUGCGGCCCGCAACCGGUUCUACGUCCACUCAAAAACGUCUGGGUCGUGGUCGUCGUUCUGGUCUGGGUAAGACCUCCGGUCGCGGUCAUAAGGGUCAGAAAGCGCGUGCGGGUAAUGGGAAGCCUACGCCGAGCUUUGAGGGUGGACAGACGACUAUCGUGAAGCGUAUUCCGAAGCGCGGGUUCUUUAACUACAAUGGGAAGACAUAUGCGCCUGUGAACCUCGAUAGACUGGCGCAUUGGGUCGCGGAGGGUCGUAUCACGUCUACACCGGAGAAGCCUAUCACCGCUCGCGAGCUGUUGUUGAGUGGGUGCAUUCAUGACGUGCAUGACGGCGUGAAGGUUCUCGGAGACGGCGCUGAGCAUCUCAAAGUUCCAAUCCAUAUCACCCCGUCCAAGGCAUCCAAGUCUGCCAUCAAGGCUAUCGAGGCUGCCGGCGGCUCGGUAUUCUGCCAUUAUUACAACCGUCUCGCACUACAGGACUGCGUCAAGGGUCGCACAGACAGGAUAUCUGCCGCUCCGACGAACCGCAAAGACAUCCUGUGGUAUACGAAGUGGCACAACCGCGGCUAUUUGGCACCGAAGAGUAUUGCUUCGAUGCCGAUUGUCCAGGAGAGGUGGAAGGCGCUGUCCAAGGAGCUUACGGCGUAUCAGGACCAGAAGGGUUUCACGCUUGACAAGCCUGCACCGGCGACGAAGACGGUUUGA